AACAUGCAGACUAUGAUAAGCAGUGAUUGCAGGUAUAUUUCUUUUAUUUGACAAACCCCUGACUACAUUUUCAUAACAGAAUGGGCAACAUGCAUUGUCCUGCUGAAGAUUCAGCCCGCCUGGCUGCUGUUGCUCGAGUCAUCUGCCCUUUCCCAAACUACACCCCUCAUCCUCAUUUCACCAACAUGCUGAGCAUCAACUCUUCACAUCACCUGAAGGAGCACUACACAGCAGUUCAGAGCUCUCUGACUUCCAAGCAGCUGGAGGACUUCACCCAGGGCCUGAGGACCACUUUUGGCAGGGAGGGCAAGGUGACUCUUGGUGGGGUUGGAGUAGUGGCCCUGUCUCUCGCUGUGCUGUUUGACACACUUGCCAAAACAGUCAAGGGAGAACUGGUGUCAGACUCUGAGCCCAUUCCAGGUUUGUUCGUUAAAAAUCCAAGGGGAUACUACCCACCUCAUGUCUACACCAUAAGCAAAUACCUGAGACUGGUACCACAUAUUGCCAACAACCCCACCAGGAUGAAACAGGAGACGGAGAGGUGCAUAAAGCAUUUAGAUGCUGAUACACAAGUUCUAAACCAAAUGGGAGAAAAACUACAGCACACUACUGAGGACAUCACAGUGAUUAAUUUCAUGCUGGUAUAUCAAGUCACAUUGUCUUUGUUCGUUCAUCUCAACCGAAUCAACAAUGGUACCAAAGAUGACGUGAACAGAUUUCGGCAAACACAGGUAGACAAUAAAGGUGAAGGCAUCUUAAAUUUCAACUGUGAUCCAGAGAUAGCUGACACAGAAUUUUUGGCUGAAGUGGAGAAAUCUGACAACUACACCAAAGAAUCCCUUCAGAAAUGCAAACCAAAGAUUACUGCUGUUGGGGAGCGGAGCGACCCAGAGUCAUGGCUGCUCCAUGUUGCAGGGAUGGAAUUGUCAAAUUUCAUAUUACUCAACUUUGGUGCAGUGAUAUUAAGCUUCUCUGGAGACUUGCUUACCCAAAGAGAGGAUUUUGACCUGAGGACGAAUGCACUAGGAACAUGGUCUGCUGACCAGUUCUUGAAAUUCCAACACAGUGCAGUAUAUCCCCAGGAGAAUUAAAAAUGUUAAUGAUUAAUAUGUUUUCAAAUUGUUGCUUUUUCUUCAGUAAACAACAGGACAACAUGAAGAAUUGCUGUUACACUUUUCUGCUUUGAUUUUGAAUUGUCAUCACAUGUACAAAUAUUUUCAAAGAUGUAAAACAAUGCAGCUAAACUAUACUGUUAUGAUUACUGACUGUUAGAACGAUAAUAAUAAAAUCUUUCAAAUAAAAAGGAUAGUGUUUUUAGCC